AUGAAUACUUUAGUAGAUUGGCUUGCCAAUACUCCAACUUAUACAACAUUUAGAAUUAACAAGUUGAGGAAUUUUGAUAUAAAAAACUUAACUAAUUGUUUAGAAGUGCAAAGGAAAGAAUUAGGUAGUGAACAAAUACCCAAUUUCUUUUUUUUGAAAGAAGACUGCCUAAUUGUUGAUCGUUGGCCUGAAAAUGUAGUCAUGGAAAAAAGCAAAAAUGAAGUAAUUGUUGAUGUAUCCUGUGCAACUGCUGUACUCAGGGGUGCUCAUGUUUAUGCACCUGGAGUAUUAGGCCUUUCAAGUAACUGUAAACUAGGUGAAAAGGUUGAUGUAUAUGGAGAUUUAGAUGGUCACUGCAAACGAGGUCUCAAAGUACAAUAUAUUGGUAAAAAAGUUUAUGUUGGGACUGGUUACCUCAAAAUGUUACGCCAUAAUCUAUUUGAUAAUGGUGCUCAAAAUAGUGGCGUGGCUGUCAGUAUGUUGUUGCCUGCUUCUAAGUUACCUGUUAUUAAUGAAACAAUUUAUCCUGAAGGACAAGUAUUGUUACAAAAUCUACCUUCAAUAGUAGUUGGGUGGGUCGUAAACCCACAACCAAAUGAAAUUAUACUUGAUAUGUGUGCUGCACCAGGCAAUAAAACAACACACUUAGGCGAGAUGUCUAACAAUAAGGCUUUUAUAAUCGCCUUGGAUAAAACGCAACAAAAAGCAGACAAAAUAGUAAAGAAUUGCAAGGCUCACGGAAUAACUUGUGUGAAUGUGUUUGCUUUUAAUUCUGUAAACUGCUACACUGAAUGUGGUGAUGGAGAAGUAAUCAAACCACCAUUUCCUUUAAAUAGUUUUGACAAAGUUCUUUUAGAUGCUCCUUGCAGUGGUUUAGGACAAAGACCAUUAUUAGUAAAUAAAAUUUCUUCAAAGAUGCUGGAGUCUUACAAAUUUGUGCAAAGAAAGUUAUUUAAUGCAGCAGUUAAAGUAUUAAAGGUUGGUGGAAUACUUGUGUACAGUACAUGUACAAUUAACGAAGAAGAAAAUGAAAGAAUGGUAGCAUGGGUCCUUGAAAAGUUUCCUGUUUUAAAGUUGAUACCUGCCGAACCGCUUCUUGGGGGACCAGGUUUGCCUAAUAAUGGCUUAACAGAUGAACAAAGAAUUAUGGUACAACGUUUUGGUCCCGAAGAUGACUCUCUAAGACCAGUUGAAGACAUUUACAAAAACAGUAUAGGAUUUUUCAUUGCAAAGUUUACAAAAAUUAAAUGA